UGUCAGGACUACACCCAAGCGCCUGUCCGAUUGCAGCGGCUUCUCUUCGUUGUAUAGACCAGAAGAAAGCCGGGACGUGACGGAGCCGGGGGGUUCUGCUUGUUGGAGGCCCGUUAAACAACCAAUAAAUACAGUGUCUUCAUUGCUUCUUCCUCACUCAAGAGACGUUUGUGACCUAACUUGACCCGUCGUAUUUUUUCAUCUUAGAACUAAUUUCACAACCAUGUCCUGGCAAAGCUACGUGGACAACCUGAUGGCUGAUGGCAGCUGCCAGGACGCGGCCAUUGUUGGGUACACGGACGCCAAAUACGUCUGGGCAUCGUUUGUCGGCGGUACUUUUGCCAACAUUACGCCUGAAGAAAUCGACGUGUUAAUAGGAAAGGACCGGAUGGCAUUCUUCACCAGUGGGAUGACCUUAGGCAAUAAAAAGUGCUCGGUAAUCAGAGACAGCCUCCUACUUGACGGCGACUGGACAAUGGACAUCCGGACAAAGAGUCAAGGAGGAGAACCAACAUACAACAUUUCUGUAGGCAAAGCCGGCAAAGCAUUGGUUUUUGUCAUGGGGAAGGAAGGUGUCCACGGAGGACAGCUCAACAAGAAAGCAUUUAUGAUGGCUGAAUACCUGAGGAAGUCCGGAUACUAAAGCAGCCUGUACCCAGCCACCUAGCAGCUCACCCUUGCCACCCUGUUGCAUUUCACACUACUUCUUGACCUAGUUGGUAGUUACUUUCUUUUUCUGUUUCUGCCUUCUCUCCUCCCCAUUUGUUAUCCCAUAUUUUGUUAUCCACCCAGCUAUCCUGAACACACUUUGAGCUGUGUACUCUAACCCCCUUAAGCACUAUAAGUUGAUCCCUAGCAAUGAGGAGCAUGUUGCUUACAGGAUGUCGGGACAAAUCUGUAAUUAACCAAGACCAGCAAAAAAUUCUGGCCAAACACUUGGACAAUAAACGCUAUAGUGUCAAUUUGAAGUAGACAUUUCUUUAUUUUCUCUCUGUCAUGGUGCCCAUUACUUAAUCCCUCCCAAACCCGAUCUUACUUACACCCCUCCACAAGCAGCCAACACCUUUGGCGCACUUAAGCGGUAACCAAGCUCUUCAUGUCUUUAAUUUUCCCCCGUCAUGUCCGGGAGGGGAGACAGAGUGCAUAUCCGUCAUUGACCUCUCACACCCACCACUGUUUUCCCCCUCCACACUUCCUCCUGCCAAAUGUUCAGUUCCUCCCCUUUCCCUGUUUCCUCAUCCUGUUUGCUCAAAGCAGGCGACACUACAAACCUCACAGGAGACUCAUCUUCAUCAAAUGCUUGACACCAACCAACCAGUCCCCUAAACCCUUUCCUUUCAGAUCCACUGCUCUGUCCUGAAUACAUUUUUAUAAAAGGGUAAAGUGUGUGUGUGGGGGGGGGGGCGGCGGCGGCGCCUAGAUCGGCUCAGUCUCAUGAGCGGAUUUGCAAGCGAUGUCGAGAUGUUGGUAGCCUCUCCUCUCCUGCUACACAAAAACCCCAUGGACAUUCCACAGUAACAAUGGCUUAGGCACUUAAUACUGUUUUUUGUUUGCCAGAUCUGUAAUAUAUAUAAAUAUUUUUUUUUUUUUUUUGAAAGGCUGCCAUUUUCGGACAGAUAUCCCAGCAUAUAACCAUCUGGAGCUUGUCCAGUUUUGAAGUUUUUUUUUUUUUUUUUUUUUUUUUUUUUUAAUAGGACCAAGUGUAGUCAAAGCUCGGGUGUUUAUACAAUAGCUCUAAAUCAUGUGAAGGAUGACUGCUAACUCUUUUUCUGAUGAAGGAAACACUAACGAGACAAUGCCUCCAAUGGUUAAAAAUAUGAAGCUACGGGGAGGUAAGGGUGGGAGUUGAUGUAGAAAAUUGUCACUUCAUUUUUUUGUUUUUCUUUAAAAACUGCAUUUGUACAAACCCAUGCUGUGUUGAACUACAAAACUGUGGAAUGAAUUGCCUUUUACUCUAGUCAGCAGCGCUCUGGGCGAUCACACGGUCUGUCCACGCUCGGUACUGCUAACCGUAACGUCCAAAUGACAAA